GGGGGUUGGAGCGAGCCCAAGCCACACAGCGCAAGGAACAACUCCGUCCCACCGUUGGCUUCUGCGCCUUCGAUCCCUUAUCAGCUGCGCGCUCCUUCCAUUUUCUCCUCUAGGGUUCGCUUCCUCGGCGGCGUUGGAGGCCAUGGGAGCUCUGGAUGAUGCGCAUCUUGAUGAGGAGCUUCACUGCGCCGUCGGUUUGGUGCCUGGAUCUGGGUCUGAGAUGUUGUCCACUCGUGAGAUUGAGGAUGCUGUGAAGGUGCUGCUGCAUGGCCUUGGGGAGGAUUCGGGGAGAGAGGGAUUGAAGAAGACCCCUCUUCGUGUUGCCAAAGCCUUUUUGGAUGGUACUCGAGGUUACAAACUUAAAGUGAAUGACAUUGUACAAGGUGCUUUGUUUCCUGAAGCUGGUCUAGAGAAUGCCACAGGAUGUGCUGGAGGAGUUGGUGGGCUUGUGGUUGUGCGGGACAUCGAUAUGUUCUCAUACUGUGAGUCUUGCUUGCUCCCUUUCAGUAUUCGAUGCCAUGUUGGAUAUAUUCCAUCAGGGCAGCGUGUUGUGGGCUUAAGCAAGCUGUCGAGGGUAGCUGAUGUCUUUGCCCGGAGGCUUCAAGAACCACAGAGGCUGGCCGAUGAAAUUUCUUCGGCUUUGCAGAGUAGCAUCAACCCUGCUGGUAUUGCUGUUGCUCUUCAGUGUUCGCACAUUCAGUUGCCUGAAACAUUAAAUUGCAAGGCCUACUUAAAAAUUUCUUCGAAACUGGAUAUGCAAGGGUGGGUCAAUGCUUCUGUUUUCUCUAGUUCGGGGGUCUUUAAGAAUGAAGAUCAUCCUUUCUGGGAUGAUUUUUUGGCUCUUCUCAAGUUCAAAGGUAUACACAUGGAGGAGACUGACCCAUACCACUCUCUCGCGCAAUCCUGGUGCCCGUUAAGAUCUCUUGACAUCUUACCAUGCAACGGAAGGAACCUGACUAAUGUUAAAUCUUCUCCCAAGUUUGGAGUAAUUCAAACUUCCAUGGUUGAUGCAGUAACUUCAAUCAUUGAGGCUCUUGGUGAAGAUCCAUCUCGGAAAGAGCUCAUGGGCACUCCUUCACGAUUUAUCCAUUGGCUAACAAAUUUCAAGAAAUCGAGCUUUGAAAUGGAGCUUAGCAGAAACAGCUUGCAUAUGAAAACAACAAACGGGGUUGCUGGUGCAGAGCAGAAUGAGAUGCACACUGAACUGAGCCUACCCUUCUGUUCGCAAUGCGAGCACCAUCUUCUUCCUUUUCAUGGUGUAGUCCAUGUCGGCUACUUCAGUUCGAACGAAGGUGAAGUCAUACAGAGGUGCAUAUUGCAAUCACUGGUUCAUUUUUACAGCGUCAAGCUUCAAGUGCAAGAGAGGCUCACAAGGCAGAUAGCAGAAACAGUGUAUUCUGUCCUUGGCUCCGGUGUGAUGGUUGUUGUUGAAGCAAGUCACACUUGUAUGAUAUCCCGAGGGAUCGAAAAAGUGGGCUGUACCACUGCAACAAUGGCUCUUUUGGGCCGAUUUUCUACAGAAACCAAAGCCAAGAUGAUGUUCCUGCAAGCCAUUUCAAACCAUACUACAACAGGAUGAUUUCUUUCUCGGGUUCUUUCCUGUUCAAUAAUUUUCCACACCAGAUUGGCUCGUCAUUUUUCUCUCAUGUCUCAUGCUUGAUAUGAGCAAAGACGUCGAAGAAACAUUUAUAUACUUAAAUUCUCAAAUUUCCGAGGUUUGUCGUACCAAAAUCCUACUGUUAAGUAGGAAAUUUCUUCGUCUGAUGUGGAAUGAUAUAAAAAGUUUGCUCAUACAAGCAACUUGUGUCAACUCGAUUUCUUUCAAUCAUCUUCUUCAUCGAUGUUGUACCGACAUUGAAUAUUUACCGGCAACAAUGAAGUUCUGAAGGCUUGCAGUUUUGUGCAUCAUAUCUGAAUCUUUUGAAACUGUGUCAUUGAAUAUAACCAUUGUGUGAAAUUUGCUUCCAAUGUUGUAACAUUCUUCAGGUUGUGAAGUGUGAGCUUAAUACUUUGAAGGCAGUGAUAUAGAUAUGUUUUCUCCCUA